CUAAGGAUCCUUCCCUCCCAGCUCUUGCAAACUCCGAACUCGUCGCCUGCUGAUCCUCUUUCACCACAGGUUCACAGCGGAGGCAGCAGUGAGGUGUCCGAUUUGGACACGUGAGACCUGCGGUCCCCCGACUUGGGGAGCCUCUUUCCUCCCCUUGCAGGUAUGAAGACACCUCACAAAAAGGCAACUGCAAGGCAGCAAACCAGGGAAAUUGUUGAUGACCACACCUUGUCUGCAAGUAUGAGGAAGAAAAAGAUUUCUCAAAAGAAACAGAGGGGCAGACCUUCCUCCCAGACCCGCAGGAACAUCGUGGGCUGCAGAAUUUCACAUGGAUGGAAGGAAGGUGAUGAGCCCAUCACCCAGUGGAAAGGAACCGUUCUGGAUCAGGUGCCUAUAAAUCCCUCUCUUUAUCUGGUGAAAUAUGAUGGAAUUGACUGUGUCUAUGGACUGGAACUUCACAGAGAUAAAAGGAUUUUAAAGCUUAAAAUCCUUCCUGAUAAAGUGCCAUUUUCUCGAGUCAGAGAUGUGCACCUUGCAAAUACCAUAAUUGGUAAAGCUGUGGAACAUAUGUUUGAGGGUGAACAUGGUUCUAAGGAUGGAUGGAGGGGGAUGGUCUUAGCUCAAGCACCCAUCAUGAAAGCCUGGUUUUAUAUUACCUAUGAGAAAGAUCCUGUUUUGUACAUGUACCAGCUUUUAGAUGAUUAUAAAGAAGGUGACCUCCAUAUCAUGCCAGAGUCGAGUAAGUCUUCUCCAAAAGAGAGAGAGCCAGAAGGAGUUAUAGAUGGCCUCAUAGGUAAACAUGUAGAAUAUACCAAAGAAGAUGGCUCCAAAAGGACAGGCAAAGUCAUUCACCAAGUUAAAGCCAAACCUUCUGUGUACUUCAUCAAGUUUGAUGAUGAUUUCCAUAUCUAUGUCUAUGAUUUGGUGAAAAAGUCUUAAUGGUUAGGGUAAACAUUGUCAUGUGUAUGUAGGCAAAUAUAUGAUUUGGAGAAACACAAAAUAUGUUGCUUUUCAGUGUACUGAAAGUAUAGGGGUCCCUAAUAACCCAUCAUCAUUGCCAGCAAAACUGUUGUUUUGUUCUGAAAAAUAUAAGUUUAUGUAGCUAUGACAUGCUGUGUGUAAGGAAUUUGUCAUGGUGAAAAGGUUGGGUGUGUUUGGUUGAGAGGACAUGAAAGGAAGGAACAAGUGUAAAUUCAGGCUGUGAAUAAAGUUCAGCUAGUAUCAUAAUCAGUCAUCUAAAAAUGGAACAGGACUUAUCUGGUCUGGUCUAAGGAGAGGAGAGGAGAAGGAAUUAGAGAUGGAUUGUGGGGGAAAGGAAGAGAGAUGGCUGCUUAAGAAAGGAUAUGGGAAGAGGUCAGAAAUGGAGAGGCUUCUAGGGGCAGGGAUAACCUAAGAAGGGGAGGCAGCCAACUGGGGGGCAUUGAAGAAUAGCAGAGAGUGAAAUCUUGGGGUUGAGAGGAAACCAGGAUAAAUUGAGUAAAGAGGGACACAAAUACAUUUAGAAGAAGUUCAGGGCAAGGGAGACAAAGAUAAAGUUGGCAGAGAUCUGAGGAGAAGCUAAAAGGAUACUUUAGAAGGGGAGGAACACUAAGGAAGGAGAAUUCUCCUCCUUCCACAGAGGGAGUGAAAAUAGAGAAAAUGGCAUGAGGUGUGGGGUCCAUGAGAGAUUGGAAGACCCAAGAAAAAUAGCACUUCUGGCAGUAUCCAAGUUGCCCUCCUUAGCUCUGUGCACAAAGAAGUGGCAACAAAGAAACCAGAUGGAUUGGAGCUUCUCUAGAGGGAAAUUUUGACAGAAAUGUCUCAGGAUUUAAGCAGGAGCCAAGUUUAUACAUAAAAGACUUUUAUUAUAUCAGGGAGUUCAUGCCACACCUGCUGAGCAGAGCCCAGCCCUCAGCCUAAACACACUAGCAUGGUGCUCCAUAGCAGGGGGCUGUAGGCAGUUACCUCGUAUUUUCCAGAAGACCCAGGGGCAGUAAAUCUCAGACCUGAAGUUCUUGGUUCACUUGCUCUACACUGAAUAAAUGAUUUUUGGGGGAACGAGUCAGUGGAGUUCUCAGAACUUAAGAGAUGUGCCACCUUGCAUUUGGAAGGCAUUUUAUCCAGAAAAAAAUGAAACUUGCUCAACCCAGAUACUGCACUCAUCUCACUGUUCUUCAACUUCCUGAACUAUACCUUGCCUCCUUACAGAGGAUUGAGCUUAAUGCUUCUGUCCAGGGCAUGGGGAGGCAUGGGGAGACUUCUCUCCAGGGCAUGGACACUUGACUGUCCAUGCUUCUCUCAGCAGCUGCCUGAAACCACAGAUAUCUCCCCCCAGUGCUUCACCAGAUGGAGGUCUGCUGCCUCCAGAAACCCCAUUCUGGCAAUAGCCCAACAAAAAUAAUGCCUACUGACUCUUCACGUGUACCUCCUGACUAGUCUUGCCCACUUCAAGCACAUGGGGAACUGUACUAGAAAUGUGUGCAGUUCUAUUUUCAGGUGAGAUAGGUGGCAUGGGCAGUUGAGCAGGGAGAUGUGACUUUGUAUAACGAAGUCCUUCUACUGUAUAGUGCCACAUAGGUGGUUGGUGGGAAGAGGGUGUGGUAACUCCCAAUAAAUUCCCUCUGAGGUAUGGUGUCCCAAUACAUGGGUCUUUGUCCUUCUCUCUUCCUUUCCUUCCCCCAGUCCAGCUGUGGAUGUUCCCUUCAAAACUCUCUCUGGUUUUCCCACUCCACAUUCUUCACUGCCCUCAAAGAAACAGUGCUGCUGUCUCUCUUCUGCCCAGUAACUCCAGGCAUAGCAGGCAGAGGGGAAGGAAGGGAGCUUUCCAGAGUGGAAAGAAGUUGGUAAUUCCAGUUCAUUCUCUCCACCCAACAUGACCUGAAGCUGUUUGCCUCAAGAACUACACAAGGCGAGCCCACCUCACCAGAGCAUGGAUAGAUUUUCUUUCAUUCAUCACAUAAUUCAGUCUAGCAAACACCUGCAGGCCACUCAUGGGCCAGUUUCAGCCCACUGUCAUAUUUUGGUUGAUCUUCAUGUUUUUAUCAUUCUUGAUUUUAAAAUUAGUUAUAUAGACAUUUGGGGGAUUUCACAUUUCAAAAAUCCACAUUUCUGGCUUACCUUAAAAAACAAAACAAUAGACCAAGGGUUAGGGCCAACAUUCCAACAAGGACACAAGCAGUUGACUCUGAGGAAGGCUUCAGCCCAUUUUAAACUCAGAAUGCCCUCUCAAGUGGGCCAUGCCCCCAGAUGGCCUGCCUCACUGUAGUAAAAUGCCCAGAUAUCCCCUGGAAGCAUUUGCAUUGGUCACUUUGGGGUUAGACCCAGGGGAAACUGCUAAGCUCCUCUUUGGCUUACUCUGACUGCCUUUGCUUUUUAAUUUAUUUGCUUUAUCUUCAUCUCACCAUUACUUACUUCAGGUGGGCUCUCAGCCAGUCAGUCUUCUAGACACAGGAACCUAUGGUAGUAAAUAAAAGAAACAAAUAAAAUAAUCUUACCCUCAUGGAACUUUCAUUGUAGUGUGGGAGAGAGUAGUCAAGAUAAAAGGAUAAAUUAUUUUCAAAAUGAUAAUGUUAAGUAGAGAAAUAAAGAAUGGGCUAUGGAAGUCCCAGGGAGGCUGAAGUUGGAUAGAUUAUGUACUAAGAGAGGGCUUCACUUAGAAGAUAGCUUUUGAGUAAAGGCCUAAAGACAAUAAGAGAACUGGCCCUGUGGCUGUCUGGGGAAGGAGCAUUCCAGGCAGAGGUACAGCAAAUGCUGAGCUCACAAGGCAGGAGUAGGACUGUCAUGUUCAAAUAACACUGAGGUUACCAGUGUGGCUGAAGCUGAAUGAGCAAGGUAGAUAAUAUCAGGAAGUGGUUUCAAAGAGGUGAGGGGAUCCCAAAACAGAUAGCUUAGAGUUUUGAAGGUCCUAGAAUGGAAUUUGGCUUUUCCAGUAAGCGUGGUAGGGAGUCAUUCUAGUAUUUCUACCAGAGGCUGGGUAUGAUUUGUUUUAUAUUUUUCACAGGAUCAUUCUGGAGACUCUGGAGUGUAAUCUGUUUGUGGUCAAGUUUGGGAAAAGGGAGAUCACAUAUACUAGUGAAACAGAAGAGCAACCUGAAAACAGAUUUACAUACAGGAAAUUUGAAUCAUAAUAGAGGUGGUAGUUCAGAUAAAUGAUAAAAAGACAUUUUAUUCAAUAAAUGAUGCUGCAUUAAUCUGUUUUCCAUAUGACAAAAAAUAAGCUUAAAUCCCUUCAUCACAUCCUACACACAAAUUCUUCAUGGAUAUAAAUGUUAUUACUUAAAUUUAGAAGGUAGUAUUUAUAAAACUUUUAGAAUAAGAAGUGAAUGUUCAGUUUUUUUCUUAUAGAAAUGGGAAAGAUUUAUUUUACAUGCAAAAAAUGCACAGUGAUGAAGGAAAAGUUUGAAACUUUUGAUUAUUUGAAGAUAUGGAUGCCCCUAAUAUCAAAAUCAUCAUAUUAAAAGUGGAGUCAGAGAGAUUAUGUUACAGACUGUGAUAUUUAAAGUGAAUUAAAUAAAAAUGUAUUCCUUGAGGAAAUAUUACAGCCUAUAGAAAACUUGGAAAACUAGGCAAUCACAAGUAGAUCACAGUCAAUAAACACACAUUUCCUUAAUCAGUUCCCCAUUAACUUAUUGUAUCUUGUCCAUAAUAAGGCAUCUGCUAACAUAAUAUAUAGUUUACUUAGUUAAUAUAUUUAUUGUUUCCCUACCAGAAUGUAAACCCUGAAAGUGCAUGAUUUUUCUUCCAUAAAAGAGUGCCUGGCAUACUGUAAGUGUGUAAUAAAUAUUUGUUAACUAUA